AUGCAGCUGCAAGAAAACACACACAAUAUCUCCGUUUCAUGGAGGGGGAAGAAGUUUGUUGUGGAGAUGAAUUCAGGUGCUACUCUUAAGGAGUUGGGAGAUAAACUGCUGAUGUUGUCCAAUGUUAAAGCAGAUACUUUGCGACUCAUUGUACCUCAAUCUUCCAAAAGUUCAAAAUUGUUAUAUCCUUUCUCUGAUGAGCACUCUGGCAUGAGUUUGGCAGAAACUUCCUCUCUUGAGGAGAAUCAAGCAGUGAUCUCACUCAGAAACAAAACUCCUGUAGUUAUGAAUGUACUUAACCAAGUAUGUGGCAACUUACUCUGGAAAGUCUAUCAGGAUGAUGGGCGCCCCCAAGAUGAGGUAGAUGAAGUUCUAAAAAAUGCACAGGCCAACCUAAGGAUAGCUGGGUUUGAGGAAGAGGAGAAGAGACUGAGGCUGAGAAUAUUGGAAAGACCUCUUAGCACACUAAAACUUCCACAAGGAUCUUACAUCUUUUGUGAAUUUCGUACACUUCAGCUUCCAGGAAUACAGUUGAAUCCUCCAGCUUCAGAGGCACUUAAACGGAUGCAUAUGCUUGCUGCUGAUCCAGGAAUUGUAGCUAUCAUGAAUAAGCAUCGUUGGCGGGUUGGAAUCAUGACAGAGAUGGCACCAGUGGGUUAUGUAGGUGUCAGUCCUAAAUGCAUUCUUGGCUUCAACAAGAAUCAUGGAGAGGAGAUAUCGCUGCGACUUCGAACUGAUGACCUCAAGGGGUUCAGAAAAUAUGAGAGUAUUAAGAAAACUCUACUGCAUGAACUU